AUGCAACUUUGUUUCUGUUUUCUGCCGCCUCACAAUUAUUCCUUUGUUUCCAAGAACGUCUCUGUCUUCGUUACUUACCGAUUCUCUCUCUUUUACACUUUCUGCCCAUAUCUAUCAGCAUUUGUACUUUCAUUAGCGCGUACAUACAUGCAACACAUGUACGGACGGGACGCAAACAUCCACAGAGAAAUAAUCAUUGUGUACAGAAUAAUUAUCCCCAUUGUGACAGUCGCUUCUCAGUUUGAACUUGAGACCAUCUUAACUUUUCGCAUGUUUUUUUUUUUUUUUUUACUACAAAUAACUGGAAGAUUAAAUGAAAAUCCUGAAUCUCUGUCUUUCUCUCUAUCUAUCUAUCUAUCUAUCUAUCUAUCUAUCUAUCUAUCUAUCUAUCUAUCUAUCUAUAUAUAUAUAUAUAUAUAUAUAUAUAUGACUCCUUCGCUACAUAAGAAUCUAUCUAUCUAUCUAUCUAUCUAUCUAUCUAUCUAUCUAUCUAUCUAUCUAUCUAUAUAUAUAUAUAUAUAUGAGAUAUUCCACGUGUAUAGGCUUGUCGCUAGUCGUACGACACUUAAAUUAUACACCUUGUGUAAUAUCGACUUGCUACCAGCAGUAACAAUUCCCCUGGUAGGUCAUGUGAACACUGAACGUCCGCCAUCUUGUCAAGUAAUUUCCCUCCUGCAAGACAAUUUUUUUUCUCUCUCUUUCUCCUUUCAAAUUUUUCUUUCAAUUUUUGCUUGUCUGUCUCCCACCAGAACUGAUUCCCCACCAACAGAAGAUUUUAGCUAUCUAUUCGAUAUACAGUACCGUUUUGUUUUCCGUCAUUUGCUCGAGGAACGUUCUUAUUUUUUCUUGUCAGAAUGA